AUGCCAAAGGCGACUAAAUUCGAUGGAGCAAACACUACUAAUAAAAGCAUCGAUGGACGUAAUCGACUAUGGCAAAUGUGGCAUCUAACUGGCCGUUCGUGCCCAGAUGGGACUGUGCCGGUUAGGCGUGUCACGGUUCACGAUGUGCUUAGAGCCAAAUCUUUAUACCAUUUUGGCAAGAAACAAGCAAUUAGGUCGAAUUUUUCCACUGAAGGCAAUAGCCACGAGUACGCGGUAGCAUUCGCCAGUCCACAGGAAGGGACUUACGGGGCGAAAGCGGGAAUCAACUUGUGGGACCCGACCGUUGAGUCACCAGAAGAGUUUAGUCUGUCACAAAUUUGGGUUGUCGCUGGUUCAUUCGACUCGGAUCUCAAUAGCGUUGAAGCUGGCUGGCAGGUCGAUCCGAAGUUGUACGGUGACAAUCGACCAAGAUUAUUCACUUAUUGGACGAAAGAUGCAUACCAAUCUACAGGAUGCUAUAAUCUAUUGUGUCCAGGGUUCGUGCAAGUGGACAAGAAAAUAUUAGUUGGAGCUGCAAUUUCACCAUGCUCAACCAUGGGUGGAAGUCAAUAUGAGGUUGUCAUCAGCAUUUUUAAGGACAUAAAAGAUGGAAAUUGGUGGUUGGCCGUUGGUGAUACGCCUGUGGGCUACUGGCCCAGUACGUUAUUCACCCACUUAUCGGACCGGGCCACCAUGGUCGAGUGGGGUGGCGAGAUCGUAAACAAACGGGCCAAUAAUCAGCACACUUCUACUCAGAUGGGCUCGGGCCAUUUUGCGGAAGAUGGGUUCCGAAAAGCAAGCUAUUUCCGUAACCUUCAGAUCGUGGAUGAGGAUAACAACCUGGGCUCAGCCCAAAGUGUUGCAACAAGGGCCGAGUCUCCAAAUUGUUACAACAUCAAGACUUUUGCCAACAAUAAUUGGGGCACAUACUUCUAUUAUGGCGGGCCCGGGAGAAGCCCACAAUGUCCAUGA